GGUUGUAAAUGUACCAGCAUAACACUGGGCUUUCUCCAUACUCCGCCAGGUGUGUUUUACCUGUAACAUGCAAAGCAUUUUGAUGUCUAUCAUCAACAACGCCGACUGAUUCUGUGAUAAAGUCGCAUACAAAUAUGGCCGUGUUUGUGUGAAUUCCCCAUUUUACGAGUUCCCAUUGAUAUAUCACGCAUAAAAUGGAAGUUCAGAAGUAUAUGGCAGUGUUCUGUAUUCAAGUAUUCAUAGUCCAGCUAGUACUGUCGCCAGUGUCCUAUUGUAAGACAGCGCCCCCUAACAACACAGAGAGUGAAACAGUGCCCAGAAAUAGUAGUGGUGAUACAGGCAGGAAAAGUACAGUUGGGAAAGCACUCGCCGACCUCAUCAAAGCUAUCUUCAGAUUGAUACGGGUUGAGAUUAAGUCCACGGAGGAUCUUGUUCCGGACUUUGAGGAUGAACCGAACCGCGACCCUAUGUCACUUCCAAUUAUAACGAUUGAGAACGUGAACGGGACCCUGGUAGCCACUUCCAGGGACGUCAACAUAUACAAGGCUAUAAGAGACCAACAGCGACGUCAUAAUAACAGCAAGGAGGCGCACUAUGUUUCCGGUCAGCAAGAUGGCGGCAUAUCUGUUGAGGGGGCUGGUCUCAGCAAGGAAGGGAUGGAUUCGGGCGAAAACGAGCUCUAGGAACAGAAGACUUCUAAACGAGAAAAUGUACACUAUAAUCCCUAAACUAUCAAAAAGUGUCCACAGGUGUAAGCAUAUAGAAUUAUGCUAUUGAAGUGCUCGGUUAAAAAGUGCAAAAUUUGUAUAUAGAGAUUUGCAAAGACUCACAUUGUACAGCGCCUGCCAUAACGUGUACGAUUGGCAACUGACAUUGUUGUAAUUCCGGCAAUAUCAGAGCCCUUUUCAUUGUGUCACUGCUAUCUAUCAUGCUGCGAAUCGAUAACCCCACUUUUUGCAAGCGAUCUCUCUUUUCGUCGCUGUUUUAAGAUAUGUAUAUGAUUAAAUGAACACGUCAUGAUGAAUUAAUUGAUAUUGUUGUAGCAAGUAGCACCUUACUGUUGAGAUUAACCAGGUUGUAUCCACGGCUUGUUUUCUGUGACUGUUAUUAUAUCUUUCAUCACAUGCAAACUUGUUCUACAGUUCACACAACUCGUGACUACUCUGUUAUAUCGUGAUUUCGACCACCAGUUUCCAUAUUUUAGUCACGAAUAAAUAAGAUUAGUUCUGAUGUCAUGAUGAAAGAUUUAAGAUAUUACAGUAUUACGUUCUACGUUAACCGAACCAUGCUGGUUGACCUUGGACACUAUUCAUACAUUACAUUUGUGACAACAUAAUAACAUACAAAGUAUACAUAUUAUCGAAUGUUACUCAUCUAUAUACAAUUAUGUAUAUUUUGUAUGAAGAAUGUCUUGCCGGAGAACUGAUAGCAAUAAAAGUGUAAAUAUA